AUGUCACAACUGGCUGAAGAAAGCAAAAUGGAUUUGCCUCAUAAAAACGACAUCACUAAGCAACAAGAACAACAACAACAACCACAAGAACAACAACAAAUAGAGAGUGCUGGCAGCUCCAACUCCAAUGGCACAUAUGCGGCACCUGCAGCGAUCCAUCCUAUAAAGAGAUCAAAACUCAUGUCAACUCCAUCGCAACUUAAUCUCAGUAGCGGUACCCCACUUCAAACACGUGCAGCAUCGCCAUUGAUUUUGCGUGCUCCUAUUGACUCUGAUGGUUUAUCUUGGCCAUCACGUGGUGCACGAUCGAGAAUUGACCAAACUCCUGAAGAGGCAUCUCAAAGAGAAAAGAGGAUAUCGGAUGCUGUUAAGAUUAUUUUGGAGGAACUUGGCGAGGAUACUUCUCGUGAAGGAUUGGUUGAAACUCCUGAGCGGUAUGCUCGUGCCAUGCUCUAUUUCACUAAAGGGUACGAGGAAAACAUUCGAGAUGUUAUUAAAAGAGCUGUUUUUGAAGAGGAUCACGACGAAAUGGUUAUAGUGAGGGAUAUUGAAAUCUACUCGUUGUGCGAACACCAUUUGGUUCCCUUUUUCGGAAAGGCACAUAUUGCAUAUAUCCCAAACAAGAGAGUUUUGGGCUUGAGUAAAUUGGCACGUUUGGCAGAAAUGUACUCGAGAAGAUUUCAAGUUCAAGAAAGAUUAACAAAGCAAAUUGCCAUGGCAUUGAGUGAGAUCUUAAAACCUCGUGGCGUUGCUGUGGUGAUUGAAGCAACCCACAUGUGCAUGGUGAGCCGUGGAGUACAAAAGACCGGAAGCUCAACCACUACGAGUUGUAUGUUGGGAUGCUUCAGAGACCAACAAAAGACAAGAGAGGAGUUUUUAACAUUGCUCGGAAGAAAAUAG